GAAGACUGGAUGGAUGUUUAUAAAAAGUUUGAAAUGAAUAAAGGAAAAGCACGAGUUUCUAACGUGACAGGUAGAAGAACUUGGGACAAGGCUUUUUUUGAAGUAAAGGCGAAAGAACAAAAAGAACAAGACGAAAAGAAUGAAAGAGAAAGAGCUAAGAAAGCAAAGCAACCGGAACAAGACGACCCAUUCGCACCUACUCGGUCGUGGUUAGAAAGAAGAGACUAUCAGUUGGACUUUGAAAAAAGAGUUGGAAAGGCAACUGUAGUUUCCUCAUUGAGAGACAAGAAUAGCGGUUUCUACUGUGAAAUAUGUAAAGUGUUACAGAAAGACUCCAAUGCUUAUUUAAACCAUCUCAAUAGUCGAAUACAUCAAAAGAAUUUAGGUAUGUCGUUAAGAGUAGAAAGAGUAGAUGUGGACUCUGUAAAGAGUAGAAUUGAAAAGUUGUCACGAUAUAAAGAUGGUGAUGUGGCCAUCAUAAGGAGCCAAGAAGAAUCGGACUCAACCGACAUGAAACACUCUGAAGAGGAACAAUACGCUGCUCACUCAAAGGAUUCGGAAGACUAUGAAACGAUAGCCAAAACAAUGGGCCUACCACUCUCGUUUGCAAGUAAACACGAAUAACUUUAGUCCUUACAAGUUUUGCGUUUUUAUA